AUGCCCUGGAUUGUGAGCGACAACGAUCGCCUCCGCGUUUAUUUCGGCCAUGUCCAAUGCAGACUUUCGUUGAUGGGACAAGAAGUCGACUUGUUCAAUUUCAACUUUGGCCAAAAAGACGCACACUUUCCGCACAAUCUGCGGAUGGUAACAGGUGGAAGAAUUCUGGACCUCAUGCCUUCGCCCGUGAGGCUGGUUGCAACUUCGCACUACGAGGCUGUCCGGACAGUGUUCAGCGUUGGAUUUGAGCUGAUGCAUUGCCAUCACCGUGGCCACCACCAUGAUUUGAUUCGAUGUCUUGCCCAUUGGGUGUACGGCCUCGUAAAUCCUUUGCCCUGGCUGCCAAAUCCCGUCAAGCUGGUCGCAGGUUCGCAUUACGAGGCUGUCCGGACAGUGUUCAGCGUGGGAUGGGAGCUGAUGCAUUGCCCACAACGUGGCCACCACCAUGAUUUGAUUCGAUGUCUUGGCAAUUGGGUCUAUCACCUUGUAAAUCCUUUGCCCUGGCUGCCAAAACCCGUCAAGUUGGUCGCAGGUUCGCACUACGAGGCUGUGCGGACAGUGUUCAGCGUUGGAUUCGAGCUCAUGCAUUGCCAUCACCGUGGCCACCACCACGAUUUGAUUCGAUGUCUUGGCGGUUGGAUCUAUCACCUCGUAAAUCCUUUGGAAUGGCUGCCAAAUCCCGUCAAGCUGGUCGCAGGUACGAAUCAGGAGGCUAUUCGGACAGUAUUCAGUGUUGGAUGGGAGCUGGCUCAUUGUCCACAGCGCGGCCACCACCAUCAGUUGAUCCAAUGUCUUGGCCGUUGGAUCCAGCACCUUGCCCCAGCGCUGCAAUGGAUGCCCCACCCCGUACAGGCACUUGCAAACGGCCAGAUAAUGAGCCUGUUGCCGGGCCAAUUGAACCAGAUUGCCCGUGGUGACAUCAUGGGGCUCUUGCCAGGACAGUUGAACCAGAUUGCCAGUGGUGACAUCAUGGGGCUCAUGCCUCAGCCAAUGCAGCUUCUCGGAGGAAGCGAUCUGAACUCUAUCGCAAACAUGAUCGAAAUGGGCACGGAGCUCAUAAAGUGCUCUGAGGCAGCGGCUAAAGGCGACCUGGUCCAGUGCCUCGGCUACAAGAUCAUCGGCAGUGUCCCUCCUCUGAACUUCUUGAACCGCUUGGGCGACAUCUUCGAAGAGUUCAUCGCAGCAUUCGCGAAGGUCGCCUCCAAGUUGGCGGUUCAAGCGAUAAAGGGCGGGGAAUCGCUGCUACAGACGGCGGCCACCACGGAGUUCCCCUCUGCCGGCGCUCAGGCGAUGGUGCAUCACAGAGGUGCCAACCUCGUCAUCACGAAACACUCGCAGAAGAUGCCCGGCAAACAUGCCGAGUUGCUGCAGGAGAUGGCCACCCUGGAGGCCCAAGGCGACGAGGAGCCACCGGCCUUGGUGAAAUGGGAAUUUACAGAUUAUGGAGCUGAGACCCACGAGCUGGUCACGCAGUUCAAUGGCAGGGAGACCGUGACUGGAUCCUGCCUUGCUUUCGCACCCAGGAACAAGACCGGCAGCAACAACCAGGCCACUCAAAAGGAUUGGCAGGCAGAGACAGAGGACGACUUCGUGAAGCUAGAGCCUUGGGCGGUGCCUUGUGGAGCCAAGUGGAUCAAGGACAAUUGGGACAAGUGGCAAGGAUAUUCCUUCUACUCGGUGGGCACGUCGAUUGAGAGGUGUGUGACGGUGACAUUUGAGUUGAACAUACAGCCCGUCAUCGCCUUCGUGGGCGGUUUAAAAUUAGAUUUGCUUCCGGGGCCAUUGUUCUCAAUCGACUCUACAGUUUGCUGGCCGAGAUACCAGCCGGGUGGGCUGGACCUCAGCGUGCUGCGCUCCGAGAUCAAAUCCAAUAAAAUCCUGCUGUUCAGCCGGACAUUGCGCUUGGCGAAGAGGUUUGGCAGCGACACGCACUUCACGGCUGACAAUGUCCAUGGAAGCCAUGAAACCUCGGAAAACUUCUUUGGGGUUUCGGCGGCAGAGGGAGAAAGUGGAACUGCCAUGGAAUACAUGUCCAGGACGUCACUUCUGCAGGGCAACCGCAGCCGCAAACGCCACAAGACUCGGCUCAGGGAAUCUUUGUAUUGGAAAACGGAAGAGGACGAUCUCCACUUGGCUUCGAUCGAGAUUGGGAAUGACCUGGGCAUCAACAAAACCUCUGAAGUACGAGGGCCUUCAGCUGGGCAGCGCAUCAGAUCUCUUCUUUCGACCUCCGAAGGUGAACAAGAGCAGGAGGAGACUUUCAAGCUCUUCGGCUUCAAGAACCCAGGCCUGGUGAACUUCGAGAUUCAAGGCCUCUUGACGGGCAAUGUCAUUUAUCUCGGCAUACAGAUGGGUUUUGGCUACUACCAAAGUCCGAUGAUGAAGAUCCCCUUGUUAAACUUUGCGCAUCAAUUCGCCGCCAUUUUGGCAGCAAUGCCGGACCAGCUGAUCUCGGAGGAGAGCCGGGCCCGGGCCAUCGCCGCCUUGUAUGACUUCAACCACGCGGACGUCGACAAGGUGCGGCGAGCGUCCAAGGCCGUGAGAAUGACAGAUCCUGCCGCAAAGGCUAAGGAAGACGAAUGGUCCUUUGAAGUGAACUCACCUCCCGUCGGCUCCGGCAUGAAACGCGAAGACCGCCCUGUCGCGGAGGAGGUUCUCCCCGAGUGCCAGGGCGCCAUCGCGGAAGGCAGGAGUUCGUGCUCCCAUCUGCAGGAGGCAGACUGCAACAGCUACUUCGUGACAAUCGGAGAGCGGACAAUGCAGUGCACUUGGCUGGAUGGAAGAUGCUCGACCAUGGGCUCUGCGUGCCAGACUACGACCACCACCACAACAUCCACCACAACAACGACGACCUCGACGACAACAACGACAAGCACCACAACAUCGACCACGACAACGACGACCUCGACAACAACGACGACAACCUCAACAACGACAAGCACAACAACAUCGACCACGACAACGACAACCUCGACAACGACAAGUACAACAACAUCGACCUCGACAACGACAACCUCGACAACGACAAGCACAGCAACAUCGACUUCGACAACGACAAGCACGACAACAUCGACUUCGACAACGACAAGCACGACAACGACGACUUCAACCUUCACGGAGACAUUUACGACCACGACGACAACGACAUCCACCACCACAACCACGACUUUCACGUUCCAGGGCCAGGACGAUCUCGAGGAUGGCUUGGCGUGCGAAUACUUCUACGGCCAGUCGCAGUGCCACAUCACAGAUCUCGCAGCCCGGAUACCUGUCCACAAGGGGAGUGUGCCGGAGAUCUUCAUGGAGAACGGGCGCUUCCCAGGACUACGCCAACACGACGACUUCUGCAUCAGGUGCACAGGUCGCCUGCUGACGAAAACACCGGGAGACUACAAGUUCUUCUUGAGCUCAGACGACGGAUCUCUCUUGUACCUGAACGGGGAGAAGAUCGUGGACAACAACGGCUGCCAUGGCGCCGAAACCGAAAAGUCCAGCCAGGACAAGUUCCUCGGGCGGAACGUCCACAGUCUUGUGGUGGAGAUGUGCGAGGUGGGCGAUGGCGAGGCGUUCAAGAUGCAAUACCAAGGGCCGGACACCGGAAACUCCAAGAUCACCGUGCCCAAGUGGGCCCUCAAGCACUCGAAGGUUCAGGCCCUGUCCCUGUCGGACGGCUUGGAGUGCGACUACUUCUACAACCAGGCGCAUUGUGACGUCCCAGACCUCGCAGCGACGACGCCACUCCACAGCGGGAUUGUGCCAAACAUCUACAUGGAGCACGGCAAAGCCUCCGUCCUCGGAGUCCGGCAAGGGGACCAAUUUUGCAUGAGGUGCAUGGGUUAUGUGGUGACGCGGAACUCGGGCAACUACAAGUUCUACCUGAGCUCAGACGAUGGAUCUCUCUUGUACCUGAACGGGGAGAAGAUCGUGGACAACAAUGGCUGCCAUGGCGAAACCGAAAAGUCCAGCCAGGACAAGUUCCUCGGGCCGAACGUCCACAGUCUUGUGGUGGAGAGGUGCGCGGUGGGCGGUGGCGAGGCCUUCAAGAUGCGAUACGAAGGGCCGGACACCGGCAACUCCAAGAUCACGGUGCCCAUGUCGGCCCUCAAGCACGACGCGAAGUCACUCACGUCGGACGGCUUGGAGUGCGAGUACUUCUACGGCCAUUCCCAGUGCCACGUCCCAGACCUCGCAGCACUGACACCCGCGCACCGCGCGAUUGUGCCAAAGAUUUUCAUGGAGCACGGCUAUUAUGCCAACCAGGGCAUACGACAAGGGGACCAGUUUUGCAUGAGGUGCACUGGCCACUUGGUGACCCAGACCUCUGGCGACUAUCAGUUCUUUCUAAGCUCUGACGAUGGAUCCCUCUUGUACCUGGACGGGGAGAAGGUCGUGGACAACAAUGGCUGCCACGGCGAAAUCGAAAAGUCCAGCGAGAAGAAGCUCGUUCCUGCCGGUUCCCACAAGCUGGUGGUGGAUAUGUGCGAGGUGGACGGUGGCGAGGUGUUCAAGAUGCAGUACCAAGGGCCGGACACCGGCAACUCCAAGAUUGCGGUUCCCCAGUCUGCCCUCCAACAUGACAUCAAGCACUUGUCGGACGGCUUGGUGUGCGACUACUUCUACCACCAGUCGCAGUGCCAUGUUCCAAACCUAGCGGCGUUGACACCCGCCCACACGGCGAUUGUGCCACGGAUCUUCAUGGAGGGCGGCAAGUCUUCCUCCCUAGGCGUGCGACAAUCGGACCACUUUUGCAUGAGGUGCUCUGGUAACCUCGUCACCAAGAUCUCUGGCGACUAUCAGUUCUUCCUGAGCUCAGACGAUGGAUCCCUCUUGUACCUGGAUGGGGAGAAGGUCGUGGACAACGAUGGCUGCCACGGCGAAAUCGAAAAGUCCAGCGAGAAGAAGUUCGUCCCUGCCGGUGUCCACCGACUGGUGGUGGAAAUGUGCGAGGUGGGCGGCGGCGAGGUGUUCAAGAUGCGGUACCAAGGGCCGGACACCGGCAACUCCAAGAUGACGGUGCCCCAGUGGGCCCUCAAGCACUCGAAGGCAAUGCUCCCACAGCCUGCCGCCGAGUCUUCUAUGGUGGCGUGGUUCAAGAGCGAAGAUGCCAAUCCAGACUGGCGCAGUGUGGUUGGCGGAUGGCAGGGUCGUGUCACCAAAGGAAGCAUCACCAGAAAGGUCGAAGCUGGACAUGGGGCCAGCACCCCGGUGGCUUACCUUGCCGGCAACACCGCCACAGGAUAUGAUUUCGGCAGGAUCAUGAAGCCAGACUUCACCAUUUGCUCAGUGACCCGCUAUGCAGGAGGCCACAGAAAUCGUAUUCUCCAGAACGUUCACCCGAAUUGGCUGCACGGCCAUUGGGGUGGGCGCGUCGGGGUUGCUCACUACAACACGUGGCAAGUCCACGAAAGCUCCGGCUCGUUGACCGAUUGGCUCGUCAUGUGCGGAAACUCUGAGGGAGUUGUCUUCAGGGGGCGUGACAGCAGAAACGUCGGACAACACCCUUCCCGAAAGGUGGAUUACGAUUUCCACCUCUACAUUAACGAGGGCUACGGCGGGGAAGUCUCUGACUUCGGCGUCAUGGAGGUCAUCGUUUGGAACCGGGCACUCUCGGAAGGCGAGAUGUGGAGCAGCAUGGAGUAUCUGAACUGGAAACUCGAGGCAAUGCAUCCGCAUCCUGCCGCCGAGUCUUCCAUGGUGGCUUGGUUCAGAAGCGAAGAUGCUAAUCCAGACUGGCGCAGUGUGGUUGGCGGCUGGCAGGGUCGCGUCACCAAAGGAAGCAUCACCAGAAAGGUCGAAGCUGGACAUGGGGCCGGAACCCCAGUGACGUACCUUGCCGGCAACACCGCCGCAGGAUAUGAUUUCGGCAAGAUCAUGAAGCCAGACUUCACCAUUUGCUCAGUGACCCGCUAUACAGGAGGCCACAGAAAGCGCAUUCUGCAGACCAAUCCCCCGAACUGGCUGCACGGUCAUUGGCAUGGGCGCGUCGGCGUUGCUCACUACAACGCGUGGCAAGUCAGCGAAAGCUCCGGCUCGUUGACAGACUGGCUUGUCAUGUGCGGAAACUCCCAGGGAGUUGUCUUCAGGGGGCGCGAGAGGAGAAACGUCGGACAACACCCUGCCCGAAAGGUGGAUUACGACUUCCACGUCUACAUUAACGAGGGCACCGCGGAAUACUCAGACUUCGCUGUCAUGGAGGUCAUCGUUUGGAACCGGGCACUCUCGGAAGGCGAGAUGUGGGGCAGCAUGGAGUACUUGAACUGGAAACUCCAGGCACACCUUGUGCUCCCACAUCCUGCCUUCGAGUCUUCCAUUGUGGCUUGGUUCAAGAGCGAAGAUGCCAAUCCAGACUGGCGCAGUGUGGUUGGCGGAUGGCAGGGUCGUGUCACCAAAGGAAGCAUCACCAGAAAGGUCGAAGCUGGACAUGGGGCCAGCACCCCGGUGGCUUACCUUGCCGGCAACACCGCCACAGGAUAUGAUUUCGGCAGGAUCAUGAAGCCAGACUUCACCAUUUGCUCAGUGACCCGCUAUGCAGGAGGCCACAGAAAUCGUGUUCUCCAGAACGUUCACCCGAACUGGCUGCACGGCCAUUGGGGUGGCCGCGUCGGGGUUGCUCACUACAACACGUGGCAAGUCCACGAAAGCUCCGGCUCGUUGACCGACUGGCUCGUCAUGUGCGGAAACUCCCAGGGAGUUGUCUUCAGGGGGCGCGAGAGGAGAAACGUCGGACAACACCCUGCCCGAAAGGUGGAUUACGACUUCCACCUCUACAUUAACGAGGGCUACGGCGGGGAAGUCUCUGACUUCGGCGUCAUGGAGGUCAUCGUUUGGAACCGGGCACUCACUGAAGAUGAGAUGUGGGACAGCAUGGAGUACUUGAACCAGAAACUUGACGGCUCUCAGCGAUAG